ACCGUUUCGCGGCGGACAGGUUUGGUUCCCGUCAGCAUGCCAAGGCAGUGUCUUAACCAGGCAGCCAUCCUCAUUUCCUCAUUCUUGCGUGCCUGAGGUCAUUCAGCCACAGAAAAGUGGCAGUCUGCAGCAUCCCUUUGCGUCAUGUGAAGAGGGCCUGACCUCUGACCCUCUCAACUGUGACCUCUCCCUGUCACCGCAGAAGGAACACACACACACUCUUUUCUACUGUGACUACACCUUGACUCCCCCCCCCCACUGCCUUGGGCAUGCCUCAGCCGGGCAUGAAUGGGAUGGAGCCUGUAUUUGGCGAGGCCUAUGGGGGCCACAGGGGCCUAAUGAGCCCCUACCCUCUGGCCAUGUCGCCACAAGGGGGCAGGACUGAGUUCGACCAGAGCGUUCUCCUGAUGCUGGGCUCCCCAGCGACACCACGGAAACGGCCCUUUGAGUUGCUAAGCGACCUGGUGGAUGAUGGUGGCUUUGGCGAGGACCUGCACCCAGAGCGCUGGGACGUGUCUGCGCUGGAUGAGAUGGCGCGCUACACCAAAUUGGGCCUGGGGGUUGGAGGGGAGCUUGCCUGCUCGGAGGAGGCUGUUCUCAUGGGUCGCUGGGGCCGUAGCCAUGAGGAGGAAGAUGAGGAGGAGCGGAGGAGGAAGAAUGUCAAGGUGCAGAUACACAUGACGCCACCCCUGCAUGGUCCCCUCAUCGAGGAAGUUCAGCCCAGUGCCACCGAGAAAGGGGAGGGGCUCAUCUCCUCUACCACAGUGACAGAACAUGAGCCCAGUGUGGGGGCAGCAGGGCGCGAGGGACGUGUUUGGGGAACCGCAAGGGCACGUGCGAUGGAAGUGUAUCAGGUGGAGGAGGAGGUGUCGGCACAGGGGGCCAUGGCCUCAGGGUCGACCCUUGAGCACUGCAGUGAGGAACACAACUACUCCCUGGGCCAGGGAGGGGAGCCAACAGCAGGACCCAGCCACAACUCCCACAUCCAGACUGAGCAGCCACCAGCAGGAGAAACACCGCGAGAUCAGGGGGGCCGAGAGGAGAGCCAGGGGAAAAGUGACAUAGAGUUGGAGGAGGAAGACGAUGAGCAACAGGAGGUGGAGGAGGAGGAGAAAGAGGAGGAGGAGGAGGAGGAAGAGGAAGAAGAGGAGGGGGCAGAGGAGACAGCAGUAGAGGCCGAACUUUCCAGUUUCUCUGAGACAGAAUGCGAGGUGGAGAUAGAGCCAGUCAAGCAGCCAGGUGAGCGUCCUCAAAAACGUCGCUGUUUCUGGGAGUACCGGCGUGCUCGUGAGUCAGCCACCAAGAAGAAACUGGCCACCGGAGAGGUCCGCUGGUCCUUGUCCUGGAGCUCCAGUACCCUACCAAGUACACUGUACCGUCGAGAGGGUAAGAAGGGGCACCGCAAAGCCCGCAAGACGGAUGCCAGCGACCUGACCCCCAACCCGCAGAAGCUCCACAACAUUGGAGAGCAGCUACAGAAGCUCAAUGCUGCCAUUGAUGGCAUGGGCCCUGUCAAUGAGCUGCCUGCCGUGGCCCGAGCCCGCUCCCGCAAGGAGAAAAACAAGCUGGCAUCCAGGGCUUGCAGGCUGAAGAAGAAAGCCCAGCAUGAAGCCAACAAGAUCAAACUGUGGGGACUCAACCAGGAGUAUGAGAACCUGCUGGGGGCACUACUACGGAUCAAGGAGGUGAUCCGACAGCGGGUGGAGAGCAGUGAGGAAGAGGACACAGAUGAGCGAGGGAUGACCCAGCGGCUGGAGGACAUCCUCAAAGAGUCAAGUGGUCCUCUAGUUGCUGGGCAGACCAAACACUUUGUUCAGAGAAUCCUGGCGGCCAGUGCCGGAGGGCAAGGCCAAAGCAAAGAGACUCCUGGGAGAAGAGAGGAGACGGUGGGAUAAAUGCAGCCAGCCUUCCCUUUUUCCAUGCUCCCACUGAACUCAUCCGACCAUUCUCCUCCACCAACCCCACCAAUGGCUCGUCUGACGCUGCACAAGCCCUCCACGUUUAAAACCGACUCACUCUGUCAACUGCAAGAAGAGAGAUGAAGGAGUGGACAAGAGGAGGACUUUGGGGGUGGGGUAAAUGGAAGAAGGAGCAGCCAAAUCAAAGUCUGGUAAAACCUGCCAAAUCGUGUGCUUCUCCUCCAAUCAACAACCCUGCUCUCCCCUCUCUCUUUUUCUCUUUCUCUCUCUUUGAAGGCUGCCCCACAAUCCACCACCAAGCCAGAACUGCUGCUGACUUUUCUGUAUUCUGUGUGUGUGUGUGUGUGUGUGUGUGUGUGUGUGUGUGUGUGUGUGUGUGUGUGUGUGUGUGUGUGUGUGUGUGUGUGUGUGUGUGUGUGUGUGUGUGUGUGUGUGUGUGUGUGUGUGUGUGUGUGUGUUAUUGGUGGGGGAUUUGGUAUGUAUAUAUGCUGUAUGAAUGUGUGUGCUGUUGCUCUAUCCCUUUGUGUGCGAUAUAUUUGUAUCCCAUCGUGCCUAUGAAUAGACAUUGCACUGUUUUGUAGAUCGUGGUAGUUGCCGGCAGGGGAAGAGUUAUGAGUUUCGGGCAAGGGGGCAUUUGAGGAUGCUUAACAGGACACGGAGGGAGGAGCCCAGCCAUGAUCAGAAAAAAAAGAGGAGUGGUUCCUAUACAUUCUUGCACAGCAUACCUUAAAGGCUGUACUGUAUAGACGUACUGCAUACCAUUUAAGAUGGUGCGUGACAUGUCACUUGAUGGUUUGUUAUGACACAGUUCAGACGAGGGAGCUUUUCAACUCCACACGCCUCUGCUGGACCUUAUUGUGGCAAAAUCCACUGAGCUUUCACACCUUCCAAAAAAAAAGAAAGAAAAAAAAACAAUGAAGAAAAGUUGAACCAGAAGCGAAAAUGACUAGAACGCACCUUAAUUCAAACUGACCAAAGAUGACAUACUGCUGAAUCUGGCCUUGAACUGAAACCUCUUGCUCCAUGUUUCCAAUCACUCCCCAAAAAGGUCUCUAAAAUAUCAAUUGUAAUAUUCACCCUCACGUGUCCUUAAUGGAUAAAAUUCCCUAUAGGACAAAUGCAUUCAUUCUUAGCGCCCUAUGCACCCUUUGCACUAUCAUUUAUGAGGCCAUCUGGGUGUGACUGUUCAGAUAAUGAGCUACGUUUCAUGUUUGGUCUGCCUGUAGCUGUGCAGCCCCAUGCUGUUUGCAUUGGCUGUAUUGUUUCCUCAUAAAGGGAUGUGUCCUCAAAGCCUUCCCCAGGCCCUCUCCUUAACCCCUGACCUGAUUAUGUAGCGCACCUUCCUGAAUUGCAAUGACAAGUAGUCAGAGUUACAAAAAACACUUUGUAGAGCUAGAAAGCAAUUAUUUUUCUUUGUGUGUUUGAGUGUGUAUUUUGUUGUUAUUUGGCUAUGCCACCGCUCACACAGUGGGCAUCGAUCUCCUAGAGUUUUGAAACCGGCCUUUCCUUGGUGAUCUUUAUCAGAGCCGUCAGACCAAGUUGUCCAAGGUCUCUAAACAUUGGACUUUAAAGACAAGGACCCUUCCAAUUGCACUGUGGUAGGAGAAACUAAGCACCUUUUUCAAGAGGGCUUCAGAUCCUCCUAAAAAAAAAACAAACACCCAUUGCACCUUUCUUAAAAUCUGUUAAUUGAUUGAAAGACAUUUGAUGAAUUUUGGCUGAUCAGUGUUGUAGGUUUGUUUCAUUGUGGUGCUACUGUACGAUGGGGGAAGGCACUGUAGAACCGUGUUGGAGUCAACAGCUGUCUGGAUUUAAGGUUUGAGAGCACACACAAUUACAGAAGACAGUUUGUUUGCAUAAUGAAGCUUUCCGAAGUGUCUGGAGCUUAAAGUUGCAGGGAUGGGUUUCAUUUUGCCCAAUUUUAAACACUACUACAAAGUUGAAAUUAAAAACCCAUGACUCCCAUGACUACAAAUCAGAGUUAGGCCUGACUUGACCCAAGCUGAAAAAAAGACCCUCGCAAAAAAAUCACAUACAUGACUGGAAAACAAAUUGCCCAAACCAAAACAUUAGCCGCAGGCCAAAUAUUAUACAUUAGAAACUUGUUGGAACCCACUUUCUUUGGUCAGUGUCCUUGGGAAACAUAAGGAGACUUCAUUUUGUUCAUAACCCAUUUAUUUUUCAACUGUGACAAGCUCCUGCCUGGACUUUGCUGCAAAAACAUUGACCGAUAACCCAGCGGCCCAUACCUAUGGAUGGUCCAUUUUCUCAUUGACCUGUUUGACUCGCCAUAAUCAAACUCCUGGAUAUCUCAUUCAAGGAUGCCUUGAGACCUGUGGUAACUUUAGGCCUCUCAUUUUACAAACUCCAACAUCUGAUUUCUUGGUUUACCCUUUCAGUUUGACUCUGCGGCAACCAGAGGAUUCCUUCCACCUUUUUAAACUGAAGGGAAAGUCUCUUUGUGGAAUACUGCAGCUAGUAAACGGAGCUCUUAAACACUGUACAUGAAUCGGAUGCCAAAGACAGAUGGCCUGUGGAGUAGCAAGAAAAGAAUAGUAUCUGACGUGAGCGAUCAAGCGGGAGGCUGCAACGCCCAACACAGCUUGUCGCCACGGGGUUUAUGAAUCGUUUCACCGGCACGACAAAAAGCUGUGGCUGGAUUGUCAAUAGGACAAGGCUAAUGAAAAGUCUCAGUCCUGGCCUGUUCUGGGUAAAAUGGCGUCAAGCUCGUAAUGCUGUUCUCUGUUCCCCUCGAGCCCCCACCAGCCCUUCUGUCUGGGCAACGCUGGACUCGGCAAGCCGGCAGCCCUACCAGAAGAGUUACAGGAUCUCAUCUUGGUUGCUGGCUGCUUAACGUGCUCUCGCAUAACAACAAACAGCAUAAAACACAGCAAACUGCAGAAAACAAACUGGGGGCUCUCUCCAUAGUUUCACGUAUUUUUCUGCUGAUGUCUUCCUAUCAGACGGUUUGGGUUUAAGGGCUAAAGAAUGAUUCCACUUUGAUCUCAGAGGAAAUCCUCAGCGUUUCCUCUCUACAAAGUGGUGAACUACAACCCAACAAACCAUCUGCUGUGUACGUACAUUGAUUUAUAAUGUGUUUAUAUACUUGACAUGUUAACUGCACACCCUUUCCUUACUUUGUAAAUUAUCUCCACACAUUCCAACUUAAGAUAUAAUGCUGGAUUUUAUCUAACCAGUGACAUUGUACGAGAACUUAAAAAUAAUGCAGCACUUCGUUUUCCUUGUCUUACAAAACAUUAUUUUGUGAACCGUUGAAAUGUCCCUUUAACUGUAAAGGUUUAAUGAUGUGCCGUGGCCAUUAUUGGCCGAGCCACUUGUCAUUGCUCACAUUCCUGCCACGGUUUCCCAGAAGUCCUCUUGUUUGUGUGUACCUACAGGGUGGUAGAGCGGCAGGACAUACUUGCCCCCCCUAGCCCCACCUCCUUUAAGUUAGCCUGACAAUAGAUCUAGAACUUUCGAUCAGUUUUCCAUACUUGGUUUUUCCCAUGGUUGUUACAGAGUGAGCUCAACUGAGGAUCAAACAGCUGGUCCUAAAGUACCGAAGUGAUGUUCUUUGUCCUUAUAUGGUCACAGGAUGAGAAGAAAACAAGCAAUGGUGGUCUGAAUUACUGCACUUUCUCACCACCUGUCAUGGCCAGAGAAGCGGGACAACCAGCCAAACCUGAAACGGUCUCUCCUUGUUCCAGUUACCACCUUCUUAGAGAAAAACAAAGAUCCAAAAUGUUUUGGUAUCUGGUGCUGGAUCUGCCUCAGUUCUUGUGACUUGACUUCACUGUAACGUUGCAUAAAUGCCUUUCCUAAAUGUACACAGAUUCACUGCAGAAACUUUAAUCGUUCUGGCAGGGUUGUUGUUGAGGAGCUCUACUUCUGAUGAAUGAAUGGAAUGGCUUCAUGCAUUGUCAGAGAGUCCAUAAGCCAGAUUCUGGUUAAAGUCUUUACUCUUAGAUAAAUAGGGAGGUAACUUUCAGUUGGCGGCAUUGUCCUUCUCUUAGAAUCACGUUUGUUGCUAAGUUAGAAGUUGAAGCAUGGGACAUAAAGAUUUCAUCACCACUGGUGUGGAUGUGAGAGAGAAUGUGUCUGGCACCUUGUCCAGGAUAUCUUUCAUCCUUGUGCCGAGAAUCUGCUGGGGAUGGGCUGCAGCCCUGCUACCCUGAAUUAAGUUUUGGAUUAAACUAGUGUAGCAUAUGAAUGAAUGAAAGAAUGGAAAUAUACAGAAAGCGGCUGGUGAAUUUCUCAAGUUCAUUGGUUUUGCCCUAAAAUCACAGUUGCAGUCUCAGACGGCUUUACAUUAAGAGGGUACAGUCAGACUUUGCUGACGCCCUGCAUCCUUAGACCGUCGAUUCCCAACGACUCCACAUCUGAUAACCUUUGACUCUCGACUCAAAAUCUGGAGCUUUUACUGGCUGUAGUGGCUGUCUGCCUGCCAGGUGCAGAGAGCCACUGUUUUAAGUGUCUAUGCAGGCAAGCUGGGGUCAACAGAGAAACAAAAACCACUUAAUGCCACCUGUUAAACAUGGCAAGAGGAACGAAAAGUAGUCACACUUCCUGCAAGUGAAGCUGAGUCAAACUGUGAUUGCCCAGGUCUUGAAUAAAAGUACAGGUGUAUUCUUCAGUGCUCUUAGCCCUUUUCAAUGCCACUUUGUGUUCAUUGGAGAGGCAGCAGUGCAGCGCCAUCACAUGGGGAGCCAGGUCAGCAUGCUCCGUGCCAGCGGGCCAAAUAGACCAAGUGGUAAACCGACACUUGUGGGAUGCUGCUGACCUCUGGGUGCCUGUCCUCACUCGGCUCCAGCGCUCACAAUGCCUUCUGACACACAUACGCACACAUAUAUAUACGCGCACACACACACACACACACACACACACACACAGUCUACUCUGGUUUCAAAAAAGGCAGCUGGCCCCAGUUGGUUGGGGAGUCCAGGGAAAACAGGACUUUGCCCACAUUUUUAUUUAAAAAGGCUCUUGCUCAGUCUUGUCUACCGGAGGAAGUUUCCAGUCAAAUCUCUGCAGUUGUCAUCUUUCGAGCAGUCUCUCUAGGGUUGUGGUACUCCAGUAUGGACUUGGUCCCCAGUCCGUAUUUUGAUGGUCUCGGCCUUGUCUUGGACUUCACAGCAUAAUGAGACCGACUUGAUUCAACGUCAUACAGUAUGGAGUCGUGCUAAUUUUUCAAGACCAGUCGAAUUUAAGACUUCAGUAAUAUCAAAAUUCCUCUGAGGAGCUCAACAAAAGGGCAAUCAAAAUUUUCUUUUGUUAGUAAUUUCUCAAACAUUGGAAAAUUGGACUAUGAAACAUUCCUUCAUUUGUGGAGGAAAAUAAAAUCCAAAAUAUGACAAUGAAGAGAAAUUUUGACUUUUCCUACGAUGGUAGACAGUUACAGUGUUGUUUAAUUGGACUUGCACUGUUCUGGUGUAAGUCUUUACAGACGUUUUGAUCACAUUGGUCUGGAGUUGGACUCACCACCUUAAAGUCUUGGACAUGACUCAGAUUCAAUCAGCAUCGGUCUUGAACUUGACUUGAAUUUGUCCCCUUUAAUACUCGGUCUGGACUUGGUCUCGCCUUGGUUGGUUUUGAUCACGAGGUUUGCUCAACACCUCUUUUCUUUUGUUGGCAAUCUGGAAACAUCCAUUUGGGAAGAGAGGAGGUCAGUGUUUCUAAACCUGUCCAGGAGGAGUUUGGUGCUACUUAAGACGAGGGAGGAACUGGACCAAGACGUGUUUUGUGGCUUUAACCAGACCCAAGUCAGUCCUUUUUGUGAGGAUGGAUAUAAACAAAAACCGAAAUAGAGCAGGAAAAGGUUGAGUUCCCGCUGAGAAAUAAGUUGUCAAAAGAAAAAAGACAACACAAAACCCAAACACCUGUCAAAUCUCCACUAAUCUAUCUGAACGUGUGGGAAUAAAGUGUAAUUAAACGAGACUUCCAAGACAAGAGCAAACAUUCCACAACGUCAUGUCAUAUACUGUACAGCAGACCCUACGUCUACCUAUUCUUCCUACCUUCUGCCUAUUUUUCAGUAACAUAGUAAUCAAAAUACUACAGUAAUACUUUGGACCUGUUCAUUAACACAUCUUUAUGUACAACUCCUCUGUAACCUCUAAGAAAAUGAAAGGAAAAAAAAAGAUACAAAAAGUGCCGUAAAAAUAGAAGCCUAAUAUUUUUUGUUUGUUUUAUGUGAGUGUUCUGUACCUGUAUAAUGUAUAUUUUAAUAUUUAUAUGCAGCUGUUGUAUUAAAAGUAUAUUUUUAAAAUAAAA